UGAUCGCGUCUGAAUGAAAAUGGCCGCCAGGUGAGAGAGUAACGCGGUUGUUGUGAACUCUUUAACAUGCCGAAAUGUCACUUUUAAGACUGUGCGCUUUUCCCAAAUACUUAAGCGGUAGAUUAAUGUUCGAGAGAAGUGUCUGCUCUACAGUAAAUGUCGCCCGUUGUCGACUCAGACUACGAAGUAACAGCGAGAGAGAAACCAGAGAUAACCCAUGGACAACACUACACCAAAGGGAUUACUCCGCUAUUCCCAAGAAGGAAGAAGGGAAAAGAAGAGUGUGGGAACAGUCUCAUUUGUUGGACGUUCUCGAGGCUCGGAUGCAACAGUUGCAGUCAGACGUUUUACACGUAAAACAUUUGAAGGUUGAAAUUGUGCCUCAUGGUGAAAAAAGUGCCACUCCACUGAGGAGUCAAAAGGCAGAAACUCCUAAAACUCUUCAGUCCACUAAAAAAGGUACCACUAAAGAUAACCCACCCUCAAAAACACACGUGAGCCGCUGGAUUGAGAAACUGAAGCUUGAGAAGUCAAACAAGACUAAAAAACAGUCGUCUCUGCAGCAGAAAUUUCAAAACAAAGCAGCAACAGCCGGAGUAGCAAAAAGCAGUAAAGGAAAUCUGAUGGGACCUGGAACGUCCAUGAAAACAAUUUCUACUGCCCAAAGGAGCAACCAGCCCAAAACCGGGUCCACAACAAGUCCAAAGCCUAGUCCACAACGAGUCCAACACUUAAAAGUGUCUAAAGGUAGUACAAGUGUCGCCUCGAUGAAGGAAGAUCCUGAAGAACUUUCCAGAGCUGCAGAGCUGGCUGAAGUCGAAGAGCUUGAAGAGCUGAUCGGUGAAUGGACUCCGAAUGCUGAGAAACUUCUGGAAGAUAAAGACGGGAACCAUUAUGGUGACGCUCAGUUGAACCUGCGCUGCUACUUGGAGGCAUGCGUUUUUACUGGGGACUCGGAGCGAGCACAGCGUUGCCUGUUUUUUCACCACAGACACCUAAGCAAGCGCAAAUCACUCUCCAUCAGCGCCUACAACAUCAUGAUGAGGAUGUGGGCCAAGAAGGGAUCCGUGAAUCACAUCGGUCGCUUGUUCGCUAUGGUGGAAGAAGCAGGCCUGAAGCCCAACAUAGCGUCAUACUGUGCAGCUCUGGAGUGCAUGGGCCGCAAUCCUGAGACCUCUACACGCACCAUUAACAGGUGUCUGCAGCAGAUGGCUGAAAGUGGCCUGCAUUUGGACAACAUGUUCAGGCAGUGUGCCUUCAAACAGGAUGAGAGAGACAUGGUACUAAAGGCCAUCCGGUCCGUACAACCCGAUUACGAGCCACACGCCACUUCUGAGCGGCCGCGCUGCACGUCACCACUGGUGGAGAACUUUUAUACACAGCGGGAAAACGCCAGCUAUCCUAAGCUAGACUUCAGCGUGGCUGAGCUGCAGGAGCGCUUCAGGCAUCAGCUGGCAAUAGAGCAGGCCAACACCAUCACCAUCGACUCUGUGGAGGCCAUUAAACCUGUCACUGAACACAUGGCCAGGAUGAGGAAGCUGUUAGUCGAGCAACGUUCCCACUGGCACAAAGCUCUGCUACAAGCUCUAAGAGAUAGCCGGAUGGUUUUAGGCAGCAGCAACCAGAGGAACUGGAAGAUCAGCAUCCACCCGUUCCUGCGCAUCCUUCGUGACGAGGAUUAUGUCAACAUCAUGCUGCAGGGAUUGGCCAACCUGCCACCCAGCGGAGAGUCUUUGCUAUUCCUGGCUAAGGAACUGGGCAACAGAGUUCACAAUAUGUACUGCAUCCAACAGAAGAGUCACAGCCAGAUAGUAAAAAAGCUGGGAAACAUCUACAACUCGUAUGCGAAACUGCUCGGAAAAGACACAGAGCCUAGAAGUGUGCUGCUACGAGAACAAUGGAGCACUUUGGAGGAAGAGCAAGCAGCUGGCCCUUCACUCCUGAGCGACGACACACCGUGGCCACACAUGCUGGUCAUUCAGCUGGGCAGCUUUUUGGUGGAUCUGCUGGUGCGUGAGCUCAAAAUCCCGAACAACAUCCUGAACUCGUCGCUGGAGAACAAGCUCAUCCCUGUGCUCUAUCACAUGUACACAUUCCGCAGCAAUCGGCAGAUUGGUUUCAUCAAGCCACAUCCAAUCCUGACCCAAAUACAGUCAGAAGCCAUGGAGACCAAGCUGACCUUUGACUCGUAUGUGAUGCCCAUGCUGUGCCCACCAGUUCCCUGGACAUCAGCCAAGAGUGGGGGUUACCUGCUGACUCCCACCAAGCUUAUGCGCUCAGUUGAGGGUGCCAUCCAGCACCAGCUGCUGCUGGAGAAAUGCCAGGAUGAGGAACUGUAUGCUGUGUUAGACUCCCUCAGCCAGCUGGGCAACUGUGCCUGGAGGAUCCACAAACCUCUGUUGGACAUAAUCAUCUCCAUCUUUAAUGAUAAGGGCAGUGAGAAGCUGGAUGUGCCCCCACCUGUUACCGAGGCACCCGAAAUUCCUCGCUUCAACCCUCACGACCCGGAAUACACUCCUGCCGAGAAGGCCCAUCUUAAGCGCGAAGCCACACGGGCCAAGAAGAAGGUGGCUGAAAUGCACAGUCUGCGCAUGGAUGCGCUCUACAAACUGUCCAUUGCCAACCACAUGCGAGAAGAGAUUUUCUGGUUCCCUCACAACAUGGAUUUCCGUGGGCGUACUUACCCGUGCCCACCCUACUUUAAUCAUCUGGGAAGUGAUGUAACCAGAGCCCUCUUGCUGUUUGCUGAAGGGAAGCCGUUGGGUCCUAAAGGCCUGGACUGGUUAAAGAUCCACCUGGUAAACCUGACGGGUCUGAAAAAGCGGAGUUCGCUGGCUGGCAGACUGGAAUACGCCAACACUAUCAUGGAUGAUAUCCUGGACUCGGCAGACAAACCUUUAACGGGCAGGAAGUGGUGGAUGAAUGCUGACGAGCCAUGGCAGACUCUGGCAUGCUGCAUGGAAAUAGCAAAUGCCUCCAGAUCACAUGACCCCACGGAGUUCAUCUCCCAUUUCCCUGUACAUCAGGACGGUUCCUGUAAUGGCCUCCAGCACUAUGCUGCACUGGGUCGUGAUGUGAUUGGUGCAAUGUCUGUAAACUUAGUGCCCUGUGAAGAACCUCAGGAUGUCUACAGUAGUGUGGCUCAGCAGGUGGAAGAGUUUCGAGCCCGAGAUGCUGCAAAGGGCAUGAAGAUUGCACAGGUGCUGGAGGGUUUCAUCAGCCGGAAGGUGGUGAAGCAAACAGUGAUGACGGUGGUCUAUGGGGUCACGCGCUAUGGUGGCCGACUACAGAUCGAGAAGCGCCUUAAGGAGAUCGAUGACUUUCCUAAGGAGUAUAUUUGGGACGCCUCUCACUACCUAGUGCAUCAGGUCUUCAGCAGCUUGAAGGAAAUGUUCACCGGGACGAGAGAGAUACAGGACUGGCUAACCGAGAGCGCUAGGCUAAUCGCUAAGUCCGGCAGCACGGUGGAGUGGGUGACCCCUCUCCAACUACCCAUCGUCCAGCCUUAUCACCGUACCAGGAACCACGUGCUCAAGAGCAACAUUCAGUUUCUGAGUCUCCAGAUAAACCAUGACGUCUAUGAGAGACCAGACACAGUAAAGCAAAAAAAUGCCUUUCCUCCAAACUUCAUCCACUCUCUAGACUCCACACACAUGAUGCUGACAGCACUCAACUGUUACAGUGCUGGUUUGACAUUCGUUUCGGUGCAUGACUGCUACUGGACCCACGCUCUUACAGUAGAUAUUAUGAACAAGGUGUGUCGUGAGCAGUUUGUGGCUCUGCACAGUCAGCCCAUUCUUCAGGACCUCUCCAAGUUCCUGCUGCAAAAGUAUUGCUCUGGACCACCAGUUAACACCAAGAGCAAGAAGUUUCUGGAAUUCUGGAAAAUGUCUCAGCUGCUAGGGAAGGUGCCAGAAACAGGUGAUUUUGAUCUACAGAGGGUGAAGGAAUCCACAUAUUUCUUCAGUUGAUCUAGAUGAAGAACCGUUACAGGUUGAACCGGAGAGGAAAUGCUGCUUUGCCCCUGGAGCAUCUUCACACUGGGCACAGAGACUGAGAGUCUGACUCUACUGCUGCUGCUCACAUGGCAUCUAUACAAAUGCUGUGACAAUUUCAGGGACUGGGACUGAAAGAGAAGGAAUAUUGGCACACCGGAGGAUUAGAGUGGUCUCAAGGUGUGUGAGUGCAGGUAGAUAAUCUGUGUCCUCUAUUCAUAAAGAUGAAUGCAGAGUCCUGGCAAAGAGCCUGUAUGGAAGCACUGUGCUUUUGUGGGCUCUGUAACGUUGAUCGCUUUCCUUAACACGGCUAGGCUGAUUAAAUACACAACCUUGUCUCUCAUCGGCAUAAUGAGAGCUCACACAGGUAAAAGGCCACUCUGCCAUUUCUAAAAUAUCCUCAUUUAGUCUGCUGCUGUUCGGCUCAGAGCAAGGCACAGCAAGCAGGGAGAAAGGAUAUAAUGUAAAGAAUGCUGUGAACACAGUUCAGGAUUUACAGGAACAUAAUGGUAUUUUGUAAACCUUUUGUGCAAAAGCUAUAAUGUAUAAAUAUGGAUCAAUGUCUAAUAAAACUGUAUUAUUAUUCUCUUAA